AUGGGGAAGAAGACAGUACAGGCUGGCACGACGACGAAUCGCCAGCAGCCGAGGCAGCCGCGGCGCCCGAAAGUCCUGAAGCUGGGAUCUGAUUUCUCAGGCUUGGAGACGGCGUCCGUGGCCAUGGGGCGCAUGGGUAUCAAUCAUUCUCUCGAGUUCGUCGGCGAGUCGGAUUCGGCGUGCAUGUCGAUCAUCAAAAAGAAGUGCCAGCCGGCGCACACGUUCUCUGACAUAUUGGAGCGUACGGAGGAGGAAGAGACAUACGUCGACGUGUAUGUGUGGACCCCGCCUUACCAAGACUUCGCUUCGGGCGGCAAGCAGAAGGGAGUCAAGGGCCCGCGCAAGACAGGGAAUCUGAUCAAAAAGUCCAUACAGUACAUCAAGAGGAAUAAGCCCCGCGUGACCAUCUUCGAGAAAGUCCCGGCCCUCACAAACAAGAAGUUUAUCCGCAUCCUGAAGGGCAUUGAAGAAGCGCAGAAGACGCUUGGAUACGUCGUACACGUGAAUAAGCUGAACAGCAAGGACUUCGGAGUUCCCCAGACGAGGGAGCGCGUCUUCCUUGUCGGCGUGCGGCAAGACAGCGUGAUGCAUCCGUUCACGUGGCCACAGAAGCAGGCGACGCCUCCAGUGACUUCCAUCCUGGAGCCCAAGCGCGCCACCACCGACGUGGCAGGUCGGCCCCCCAGCAGCGAGCGCAGCCGGGGCAUGUGCAAGGACGCUUACAAGAAAACAUACGAGAAGAAGGUGGACCCGCGCCUGACCCCAGUGUUGGUCGACAUCGACUGUUCCAAGAAGUUCGCCACGCACGGGAUCAACAUCGCCAGGGCGCUCACCAAAACCCGUGGCCAGGACGGGGGUCCGCGGGUCUCCAGCCGCGGGCGGCGGGCGACGCUGCAUGCGAUGAUGCGGCUUCAAGGUUUCGCCAAGGGGGACAUUCCACAGGCUGAGCUCGACUUGUCCGACCGCCAGAUCGUGCAUACCAUGGGCGCCAUUUUGUCUGAGGCGCUCUACAGCGCUGGGCUCACGAAGACGCGGGCUGUCAACUUCGACAAACACAGUCGGAACCCUAAUCACAAAGCAGCUGCUGCGGCUUAUGCGCGGAAGAGGGAUCGGCAUGAGUUGGCUGCAUCGGCCUCUUCUGCUGAGCCAGGCGAGCUUCAAUGCCCCAGCGAGUCUGAUUUCCUGGACGUCGUCAAGCUCGUAACCAAGGGGUGCGGCCUACUGACAACAAAGAACCGUAUAAUGUUGUGGUGCAUCCAGAGUGCCCUGAAGCAGCGCGACAUCAACAUCAUCAAAUCAAUCUUGACCCCAGGGCUCCGCUUCGUCAUCAGAGACAAAGCGCAUUCAGCCAGGAGGGUCGUGAGCAGGCCGUGGGCCGCUGACCCUUACAUCAAGGAGACAGCCAUGAUCUUCGCUCGCGGCCGAGGCUCCAUAGCACGCAUGAUUCAGAACAGCCCGCACAUCCGACAAGUGUUCGUGAACUACACGAAGAUGUGCCGGAACAAGGCCAUAAACGCCAGCAUGGCAAAAGCGUGGCUCAAGUCUGUCAACACAGAGCGGUGCUUGAUGUUGGCGAUGAUGGCCGGCGCAAGUGACCAGGCAAUGCAACUCACUCGGAUUUUAGAUGACGAGUCGGCCAAUCCAGCCAUUCUCAAUCGCGAGGUGUUGGCGUUCAACUUGUCUAUCACUGGCUUAUUUGGCAGUUCGUGCGGAUGUUUGUCUGUGUUUGGCUACACGACCAUGAUGCUGAAGCUGCUGAAGAUUCCGAUUGCGUGGCAAGUUUAUGGGGCGAGUUAUCACAUCGGGGACGAGGCCGGUGUCUCGGUGGAUAUCAUAGACAAGUGCAUCGCCAGGAUGCGCUCCUACAUCGUUCUGGCGCGAGCGGCUCUGAAGGCCGAGUUUCCAACUUUCGAACUGGCCCAGGACAACUGGGCGAUCAACGCUUCCCCGUCAUCAUCUAACAACGAGGAUGCGUGGCGCUCUGCGUUGAGCAGAAAAGGCGCUCGCCACCUCACGGCCAGCCACCCGUCCGACGUGCUGGGCCGUGCUCUUGUCGCCUUCAUCGCCUAUGGCUUGAGCUCGUCUGGAGUGGAACAGAAAUUCAGUCAAGCCGCGCUGAAGCCCACUGACCGCAUGGGCAAAGCCACGGCGGAUCACGAGGAAGGCUUCCUCAAGGUGGCUAUGGAUUUCCCUGAAUCCGACCAGCCAGAGAUCAUCAGGAUGGCACAGCGAGCGUGGCGCAUGUCGUUCGGCCCGCCCAGGGCGUCGCCCCUGCCCCCUCGGAUCGACACGGGCGUGAAGCGCAGCGCGGGCCCCGCUGAUUUCACGGAGGCGGGCUUCAUCGCGAAGCGGCGGAGGGCCGCCCGGGGCGCAGCCGCGUCUGUGCUGGGCGCCGAGAGGGCGCUGGCAAUCCAGAACGAUCUAGUCGGCUUCCGAGCCGGCGCUGCAUGGGGGGGGACCCGCGAGAAGGAGCUGUCAUUUCUCAACAACAAGUUGCGGGACAAGUCCUUGGCAGCAAUUCACGAGAACGGCCUCCUCCAACAUGAGUCCAGCCCGGCUCUUCGCGCCGAUGCAGCUCAGAAGGCAGCGAAGCAGAUCGCUGACCUGAAGGCGCGCCAGCGCAGGCAGGCACGCGACGCGGAGUUCUUACGCGGUGCCAGUCGAGCAGAGAUGACGGCAGCGAUCAGGGGCAAAACUGUCUAUGUGUACGACAGUUGCCGAGGGAGGGCAGGUCUGGAGCGUGCGCUCAGGGAGGCAUGCCUGAGGAUCAAACGAUCUUUCGAGGCUGAUGUGUUUGUUGUUCCCAAGCCAGGAGCAGCUCAACCGUUCAUCACAUGUGCGUCUGCAGUGAGGGGCGGUUUCCAGGUGUCGCCUGGAUUCCUGAUUUCGGGGCGCGGCCCAGCUUUGAAGUGCAUGCAAGUGUGCCACCUAAAGAAGACAUUAUACAUGUCGCCGGGCAGCAAUACCAAGUACUGCGCGUUCCUGGAACUACUUUUCUCCAGGAUUCCCCAGUGCAAGUGGAAAAUUGAUGGGGUUAGUAGCUGGGCCACCUUGGAGGCAGCGUUCACAGGCGCUAAGAAGAGCGCUCUUUUGGCGUUAGUGUUGCCUGAUGAGUUGCGCCAAGAUGCGUACAAGGACUGUAAGAAUUCAUUUGCAUUCGGGGGUUUGGCCCAGAAGCUUGCGUCCGUGGACGCUGCGCGCUCUUGCUCGGGCAUGCAGUGA